GUCAUUGCUCAUCGGGGGGCGGCCACGAGACGCAUCGAGAAGAUGGGCGCUCAGCUCCGGGCCUCUGGCGAAUGUGCGCGGUGGUUCAGCGGCUGCGACCCCGCAGUCGCGCGGGUGUCCGAGUCCGUGAACGGCCCGCUGCUGCGCAUGUUAGCGCGCGAAUGCGACCAUCCAGAUGCCGAG